AUGGCUGAGGAGACCCACCAGGCAUAUCCUAUUGCCCCAGCAAAUGGUUACGCAAGAAGUGAUGGAGAGUCUUUGGUAGCUGAAGAUGAGCUCAAACGCAAGAAGAGAAUCAAGUUGUUUACUUAUAUUGGCAUCUUCAUUGUGUUUCAGAUCAUAGUGAUGACGGUAUUUGGUCUUACUGUGAUGAAAGUUAAGACCCCCAAGGCUAGGUUGGGUGAAAUCAACAUCCAAAGUCUCAACUCUGUCCCUGCAACACCUUCAUUCGACGCAACCUUCACCACCCAAAUCAGGAUCAAGAACACAAAUUGGGGUCCAUAUAAGUUCAAUGCAGGUACUGCUACGUUUCUGUACCAAGGUGCGACUAUUGGGCAAGUUGUUAUUCCUAAGAGCAAGGCCGGAAUGCGUUCAACCAAGAAGCUCAACGUCGAGGUGGCUGUGAAUACUAAUGCACUGCCAAGUAGUUCUACACUUGGCAGUGAAUUGAGCAGUGGGGUGUUGACGCUGACCAGCCAAGUUCAAUUGAAAGGAAAAGUUGAAUUGAUGCUCAUAAUGAAGAAAAACAAGAAUGCAGCAAUGGACUGCACAAUAGCAUUUGAUCUGUCUACGAAGACGGUCAAAACUCUACAAUGCAAGUGA